AUGGUUGUUCUGUUUUUAUUUAUUGUUAGCCUUUAUGCUUCAAGUUGCCAAAGACCUAUUACAAUUCAAGAAAAUUUUGAUGAUGUAAUUGAUUUGAGUUACAAAGGAGAAACCAAUAAAUGGAGUUGCCAACAAGUUGACUCUGAGGUACAUGAAGACAAGUCAGUAAUAUUUCAAUAUACACCUUCUUCUAACAAAAUGAUUGAAAUAUCUACAUGUUAUGCACAAACAAAUUUUGCAACAAGAAUUAUUAUUGGAAGUUCUUGUAUUGAUGAUGUAACUUCUUCUUGUGUUGGAGCUAAUGAUGGAGACCCUAAUGGGCUUUGUGAUGGACAUAGAUCUAAAUUGAUUGUAAAUGUAAAAGCAUCUCAAAGUUAUUUUAUUAUUGUUUCUGGAGUAACUAGUCAUGACAGUGGAUCAUUUAGAUUAACUGUAAAAGAAUAUAUUAAUCCUACUAGUACUACAUGUUCUAAUGCAUUAAAAAUUAAUAGUUUCCCAGAAACUGUUGAUGCAACUAUUUUAUCUAGUUUAACUUAUAGUGGAAAUUAUCAUGGACUUUUGAGAGGUAUGUGGUUUAAAUUCAAUGCUACACAAAAUACUCAUGUUAUUGAUACAUGUAAUAAAAAUACUCAAUACCCAACAACAAUUUAUCUUUAUAAAAAAGUAACUACUUCAAAUGGUUGUAUGGGUGAUGCACCAAUUGCAGAAGCUACAGAAGGAUGUGGAUCAUUUGCACGUUUAUACUAUGACAAAUUUAUUGUUGGAGAGGAAUAUUAUGUAUUUGUACAUUUUACUGGAGACACAUCAAAAUCACCUGUUUCUGGGUCAUUUGAAGUUACAUUCAGAACAAAUGGUGGAGAUAAUUACAAAUGUACUAAUUCAUUUUCAAUUUCCAAAAAACCAUUUAAUAUAAUUAUGGAUAUGUCUGGAUAUACUAAAAGUACCUCACCUUGUUCUCUCAACACUCAACAAACUGGAAUGUAUUUUAGUGUUAGAGGAGAUGGUAGAAGAUAUGCUAUUCAUACUUGUUUCACUCAAAGUUCAGGAUCUGAUCAUACGUCACUUGAACUUUAUUCAAAUGGAUGUGACAAUUGUGCUGAAGUUAGCUCUAACACAUGUGGUAAUGAUGCAUUAAUUAAUGUAUUCCUUGAAGCAAAUCAAUUGUAUAGAUUUAGAGUAGUUUGUACUAAUCCACAAUGUAAAGUUAAUGUUGGGGUAAUGCAAAUUGAUUUUAAAGAUAAUUAUCUUUGUGAACAUGCCAGACUUUUAAAUAUAACAACAGAAGGAGAUCAAUUCACUCAAUACCUUAUUGGAAGUAAUCAAGAAAGUUAUACUGUAUUUGAUUGUAAAGACAAUAAAAAGAAUCUUAAAGGAGGGUGGUAUGAAUUAAAAGCUGAAACUGAAGAUAUGAAUAUUAUGCAUGGAGUUUAUACUUUUAAACCAGAACAAUAUACUGGAUAUCUUGCUACUCUAAAAGGGUGUUCAGAAUGUAUUAAAUCUACUUUUGACUUAUAUGCUACUUCUGUUGAAAACAUUAAAAAGGGAGAAAGUUUAUUUGUAUUUGCUACAACUAUCCUUCGAGAAGGAAGUGGUAAUGAGUUUGGUACUUUUAUGUAUUGGGCUGUAAAAAGAGAUACUAAAGGAACGACAUUUGAUAAAGCAUAUGAAGUAACAGUUCCUUAUUCAGGUAUUUUUGGUAUUGGAACUCAAUUACCUGUUCAAUGUUCUCAUCUUAGAUUCCCUAAUUUACAUUCAUUCCCAGCAAUAAUUCUUAAAUAUGAACAACCAGAAGAUACUACUUAUGUUGUAUCAACUUGUGGAAGUGAAACAGUAACAAGUACUAUGAUCGAAGUUUUAUUUACUCAAAAUAAUGGAAAUAGAGAAUGUUAUAAUACAAAUGAUAUAAAUGAAUGUGGAUAUGGUACUACGGUUACUUCUUCUGGUAAAGGUAGUAAAUAUGCACUUGUUGGUAUUAACCCAGAUGUUUCAGUAGAAAAAACAGUUACUAGAGUUAAUAUUUAUGAAAAUAUUGCUGAAGAGAGUUCUAAAUGUAGUAAUGCUGAGACAAUUACUAUUCCAAGUACUUAUUAUUCAUAUACAGAAAAGGCACAUUCAUCAAGAAGUAAAUGUGGAAUUGUUGCUGAUGGACUAAAAGGAAAAUGGUUUGUAUAUACUCCAAAAGAAACAGAAAAAGUAUUAAUACAAACUGAUGAUGUUACUACUUUUAAUACUCAAAUUGGUGUUUAUACUUCAUGUGAAAUGCUUACUGAUUUAUCUGUACCAGGUGAUUGUUAUAAAGGAACUAACUUUUAUAAAUCACCAGUAGGGCAACAUGGUACGAUAUUAACAACUAGAUUAGAAAAAGGACAAACAUAUUAUAUUUUUGUAGGAGGUGCUACAUAUAGUGAUAGUGGUAUGAUGAGAGUUAAAUUUGAUUAUUAUGAAGGUGAAUUAGAUAAUGAAGAAGAUGGAUUAAGUGGAGGUGAAAUCUUUGGAAUUAUUGUUGCUGUUCUUUUCUUAGUUGUUAUAUUACUUGUUAUUGGAUUAUUUGUUGGAUAUAUUGGAUAUAAGAAAUAUCAAAAUAAACACAAUAAAUCAUCAUUUGGAACUUUCUAA